AGCGGCGCGCCCAGGAGCGGGCACUCAGGAGCGGCUGUUGAUGGAAGAGCCCAGGAGCGAGCGCCGAGGCAGCGGGGCCGCGACAGCCGUGGCCGGGGCCGCAACAGCCGUGGCCAGGGCAGCCUGAGCUGUGGCCUGGGCAGUGAGAGCACUGCCUGGGCAGCCAGAGCCGUGGCCAGAGCAGUGAGAGCACUGCCUGGGCAGCCAGAGCCGUGGCCAUGGCAGGGUUCCUGGACAAUUUCCGCUGGCCCGAGUGCGAGUGCAUCGACUGGAGCGAGCGCCGCAACGCCAUCGCCUCCAUCGUGGCCGGGGUGCUGUUUUUCACAGGCUGGUGGAUCAUGAUCGAUGCUGCCGUGGUUUAUCCCAAGCCGGAGCAGCUGAACCACGCCUUCCACACCUGCGGGGUCUUCUCCACGCUGGCCUUCUUCAUGAUAAAUGCUGUAUCAAAUGCACAGGUGAGAGGAGACAGCUACAGUGAUGGAUGCUUAGGAAGAACAGGGGCCCGGAUCUGGCUCUUCAUCGGCUUCAUGUUGAUGUUUGGAUCCCUCAUUGCUUCCAUGUGGAUUCUCUUUGGAGCAUAUGUCACACAGAACACUAAUGUGUACCCUGGAUUAGCAGUGUUUUUCCAGAAUGCAUUAAUAUUUUUCAGCACUCUGAUCUACAAGUUUGGGAGAACAGAAGAGCUGUGGGGCUGAGCUCACUGCUGGCCUGUGGUUAGCAUAGUUGCCACAUGGUUCUUGUACGUAGAUAAUUCACAGUCCUUUGUCCUUGGUUUGCUUCCCAAACUGGUGGAACUGAGACAAUUCCAGGCUCUGUCCGAAGCUCCUCUUUUCCCAGGACACACUUGUGAAUAUGUACAUAGGACUGGAUCUAUCAUUUCAAAGGGAAUGGCAGGCUGCCAGGCUUUCCUGCUGACAUCUCCAGGCUUUCUCCUUCAAAUCCACGGUUUUCCAUCUUCCAAACCUCCCCGUGUCCGAGGCUUCAGCCAACAAGUAGUGAGCAAACAGGACAGAGCCCAUCCCUGGAGCAGGGGCUGGGAUAAGAGCUGAUUUUAAGAAUUUUAUAUUAUUGUUCAGGUAAAUAUAAAGUAGCUUCUUGUUUUUUUUUUUCCUUCUUUUGGUAAAAGGUUAUGGGUUUUUAAGCGAGUCCUACACUCAGCAGGUUGUGCAUGGCAAAGCAAAGUAUUCCUGACUUGUGAUGGCUCUGGCACAAAGGACAUUUGCUGGCACCACAGUCCUUGGGAUUAAUUUCAUGCUGCUCAGUGUAAGAGAUACCAGUUGGUAUUUAAUGUAUUUCCUGAUAUUAGAAUAAUAAUAAUAAAAAAACAAAAACCUCCAA